UCUUUAGAUGGCUCCUCAGGCUCGCUCUUAAUAUCCGUUAUCCCGGAAACACUUUCUGCUGUCAACGCAGCAGGUCGGAAGCCUUCGUUACCGCUGUAUCCUCAUAGGUACUGUUAAAAUAUGCAGGAAGUGGUCACCCAGAUUUUAUUGACUCGAAACAGCCUUCUUGUGUGAAUGGUCCGUGGUCAGUUCAUCGUGGACGGUCCCGACAGGUCCGCAGCGGGAGCCUGAAAAGUGUGUGUCCUUGACUCAGGGAGCGGAGCCGUGCCCUUGCGUAGUCGGGGGACCUACUGGUCGGAGUUUUAAUUUUGAUUGCUGAUACUUCCGACAUCGGAGCCCAGGUGGUGAUGUUACCUGAGGGACAGUCCUUCGACCCCUGAGUCAACAGCGACGAGGUCGUGAGCCAUGCCUUUGGUGAAAAGGAACAUCGAGCCCCGGCACCUGUGCCGGGGGGCCCUGCCCGAGGGCAUCACCAGCGAACUGGAGUGUGUGACCAACAGCACCCUGGCCGCCAUCAUCCGCCAGCUGAGCAGCCUGAGCAGACACGCCGAAGACAUAUUUGGUGAGUUGUUUAACGAGGCCAACAACUUCUACAUCAGAGCAAAUUCUCUCCAAGACCGAAUCGAUCGCCUCGCCGUCAAAGUCACCCAGCUGGAUUCGACCGUGGAGGAGGUGUCGCUGCAGGAUAUCAACAUGAAAAAAGCUUUCAAAAGUUCCACCGUCCAAGACCAGCAGGUGGUUUCAAAGAACAGCAUCCCGAAUCCGGUCGCUGACAUUUACAACCAGAGCGACAAGCCGCCGCCGCUGGACAUCCUCACGCCGUACAGAGAUGAUAAAAAGGAUGGGCUGAAGUUCUAUACUGAUCCUUCCUAUUUCUUUGACCUCUGGAAAGAAAAAAUGCUGCAGGACACAGAAGACAAAAGGAAAGAGAAAAGACGCCAAAAGGAGCAAAAGCGCAUAGACGGCACAACCCGGGAGGUGAAAAAGGUUAGAAAAGCCAGAAACAGGCGCCAGGAGUGGAAUAUGAUGGCCUAUGACAAAGAGCUUAGACCCGACACCAGGUUGUCCCAGAGCGCGCACCACGGAGCAUCUUCUGAGGGAUCCUUGUCCCCAGACACUAGGUCCCACGCGUCGGACGUCACGGACUACUCGUACCCGGCCACCCCCAACCACUCUCUGCACCCGCAGCCCGCGACCCCCUCUUCGUACGGGGCCGCUGAGGCGCCGCCGCACCAGGCCCCCGAGCACGAGUACCGGCCCCCGUCGGCCUCGGCCCGGCACGGGGCCCUGAACCGGCCUCAGCAGCCGCCGCCGCCCCCGCCGCAGGCCGCAGAUGGGCCGCAGGCCUCCGCGCCGCUGGCGCCCGCCGACUACGGGAUGCUGCCGGCGCAGACCAUGGAGUAUUACAACCCCUCGGGGCCCCCGCCGCCCCCGCCGCCGCCCAUGAUUCCUUCGGCGCAGACCGCUUUCGUCAGCCCCCUCCAGAUCCCCAUGCAGCCCCCCUUCCCGGCCUCCGCUGCCUCCUCCUACGCCGGCCCGCCUCACGCUCCCUCCGGCGGGCUCGUGGUCACGGCCCCGCCGCCCCCAGGCCCCCCGCCGCCCCCGCCGGGCCCCCCGGGGGCGGGCUCCUCACUCUCCUCCUCCCCGAUGCACGGCCCGCCGGGAGCCGAGGCCAAGCGGCAGGAAGCUGCGCAGCCGCCCAUCAGCGACGCCCGGAGUGACCUCCUCGCUGCCAUUCGGAUGGGGAUUCAGCUGAAGAAGGUGCAGGAGCAGCGGGAGCAGGAGGCCAAGCGGGAGCCGGUGGGGAACGACGUGGCCACCAUCCUGUCCCGACGCAUUGCCGUCGAGUACAGCGACUCCGACGACGACUCGGAGUUUGACGACAACGACUGGUCCGACUGAGGCGGGUGCCCCGGGGACCGGGCCUGGGCAGCGUCUCCACCCUGUCAGUGGUCCCAGCACCAGGGAGUGGUGCCGUCCCCCCGUAGCUUAGCACCUUUUGUAUCAAUAAUGUGAGAUUGCUUUUGCACAUCCCCCAGUUCUGGGUUUUUCAGUCUCGACCGUCUAAUACUGAAGUGCCACUAAGCAUAGCACCCCGUGCUGCCCCCCCCGAGGUGAGCUGUAACUACCGCGUCGUCCUGAAAACAGCCCUUGGCUUCCUGCCGCCGGGGUUCACGCCCCCGUCCCCGUCGCCCCGCACACCCGCUGUCUUGGUGAAGGCGUCAGGGCUUCGCCAGAUGCUGGCUGAGCGUGAGGGUCGCGUCUGGCAGCUGUCGCCCACGCUGCUUCGACCUUUUGUGUGGUCUCGGUGUGUUUCAGACGAAGAAGCCGGUUCAGAGCGGGCUGGCCGGGGACAGCAGGUGUCUGUCUGUCGGCGGUGUCUUGCACUGGAAUGUUCGCCUACUCCCGCUUGUGAGCUGGGACCCCAGCCCUUGCCGCAGGUCCCCCCACCCCGAGGGUGCGUACAGAGCCGGGCCGGAGGCGGCGGCUGCAACCGAGACCAGCCCUCUGUCCUCCAGGGGCCACUCGGCAGCCCCUGCCUGGGAGCGGCCCGGUGCUGUGGCCAAUUCGGGGUCCAGCACGCGCAGGGCCUUCGCCCUGACCUAGAAGCACACGGGUCCCCUUCUCACGUGGCCGUGGGCACACGAGACUCCAUGGCCACCUCGGAUGGGAGUCACCCCCCCAUCCUGUCACCCCCACCACCCCUCCCGGGUGGUGUGACGCGUGAGCCGGGCGGGUGGUCCUGGCUGGGCCGAGGCUCUCGAGGGAGGGCUUGGGUUCCGUCUUUCUGGAGGAAGGAUGACCGCCAGGCGGGAAGAAAGCACCUUUGCCCCGGGCUUUGAUCAGAGACGUAACCUCGCAGGUGUAACCUCCGCUCACGUCUUGGCGAUGCCGCCUGGGCCGAGGGUGCCCGUGACUCCCACCCUGGCCGAGGAAUCUGUGGCUAAAAGAGAGUCGUUUGGGCGGAGGGCAGGGGUGGGGAUGGGCCGGGGGUCCUCUUAGGACGUUCCCGCCCCGAGUCACGUCUGUGUCCCCGAGGGACAUGGACAGCCUGUGGGAGGUCGUGGUCUUUGGGUCGAGUCUGUGUCCUGGGCUUUUAGUCACCAGGUUUGGAGCUCCAGAAGCCUCAGGUCUGUGUCCCUUGUCCAAGUCUGUGCUCAGGCCAGGGUAUCUGAGUCAUUUCAGCUAAAACCCGCUCUUUGGCACACGCUUCUUGAGUUUCUGUUUCUCGGAGCCAGUCACUAUAAUUUUAUCGCCUGUAAGUAGCAGUUAUUAAUGAGCGUUUCAGUUUCUAAAUUCUCUUUUUUUUCAAUGUGGAGGCCAACUGUGUUGGCUUUUUUCUUGGGAAUCUUACCAGUUUUAGUCAUAUUUUGUCUGUUUUAUAAUAUUUGGUCUUUAGUGUUACUUUUGGCUUAGAAAUCACUUGCGUAAUUCUAGAACUUAUAAUUGGUGAUGCUUCUUCGUUUUACGUCCCUUCUGUUCUCAGGAUGGAGAGAAUGCAUAAAGCUACUAUCCAUGUCAGGAUUCUUCUAUUUAUAUCUUAUUACAAUAAAAAUUAGUGGCACUUUAUUCAUAAAUAUUCAUAAGCCUGUUAAUUAUCGGUUGUCUUCCUGUGGGUUAAUCAACAAGUUAUUUUCAACUUGAUUUUCUGACGAGUGAGAAAGCUUUUGCCCUGAUGUGUUAUGUAACCUUUAAAAGAAUGGAAAAGGACUAAAAUCCAGUUUAGCUUAUUUUUUGCAGUAUUUUUCUCAGCAUAUUUGAUUUAUUCUAAAAAUGAAAUCCAGACUUUUUCUAAUACGAUGUUACAUGAAAAGGAAGAAGUGACUAUUUUGAAUUGUCAGUUGUCGUUUUCAAAUGUACAAAGCAAAGGGAGAAAAAGACAUUUAAAUGCAUACUUCUUAUCUAUAAAUUUUACAUUUCGAAGCAGUUACAUGUUUGUUGUAAGGUUAUUUUAAAUUGGCCCCAGUCCCAUCCCCCCCCCACUGCCAUGUAUGUUUAGUUUAAUUUUUCACAAGCUUUUUUGCUCCUGUCGCAGCUACACGGAGGGGAGAUUUCUCUACCGCGAAUCAGCUGCACACCCCGUGAUGUGGUUGACCUUCCGUUUUAGCCCCAAACCGUAAGAGUCGGUCGCUUAGGUUUUUCUUCGGUCAGAGUUGGAGAAUUAGCCCUUUCAUUUCAGGGAGUUUCUAGGAUAUUGAGAUGUUUUCUGAGCACCAAGUGGUUAGAUUGUGCAAGCUUUGUAAUAAUUUGCAGCUGAAACUCAUGAUACAUUUUAAUCCAUUGGAGACUCAUGGGAAUGUAUCAGCCAGAGUAGCAAGUACUUUUUGUUUUUAAACCGGAGUCUGUCAUCUUGCAGUAUUACUGAUGCUAUUGUAAAUCGAAUUUAAAGUGGUAUUUAAAAAAACAACCUCCUGGUAAACGAUUUUUAUCUGUUUGUAUAUCUUACUAUAGAUUAUGUACAAGUAACAUCUGAAUAAAAUUACACUUUUAACCCUAAA